AGUAACUCCAGUACAACCUGCUAUAGAUCCAACUGGGACAAUGAGGCACUUUGCUGUCCUUUGUAUUUACCCGCCUCUCUUCAUUGUUCAGAGCCUAUCUGGACAAUACCUCGCUGGCACAAUAGUCAACAAUGGGACCCCUUCUACACCAAAUUCCUCAGAAAGUGCAGCUACAAACCAGUCAAGCGUCAAUGCAAUUUCAUCAACUAUUAUUACCAGCACCAUGUCAUACACUCAGUCCCAAAGCUCCCAGACCACGCUGCAACAUUCCAAAACAACCCAGCCACAAACCAUGACAUCUGCGGUCCCUCCCAGAACCAUGGCAACCUCCAUGUCACCAACCAACAGCACUGCUACCAAGACUUCCAACACGAGCAUUACCAAUUCCAAACCAUCUCCUAAUGGUGGUGUUUCAGCCCAAAAUGAUUACCAGAGCCUUCUGCUGAGCACGAUGAUGUUCUGUGUGCUUCUUGUCAUAGUGACACUUUAAGAAAAUGGCAAGACACUUGAUGCUCAGUCACUCUGUGUGCAAAAUAAUUCUUUACCUUUGUUAAUUACACUUCUGCAUUGAAUCUUGUUGUUGUUUUUCCUUCAAUAUAACUACAGAUAACAAAUUUUGUAAGAUGUAAAUCAGUCAGAAAUUGACCUUAUUUAUACUUAUACUGCCACUAAAUAAAAACCUGUAUGAAAACAUUAUUUUAGUAAUUCUGUUCAGAAAUGACACACUUCACAAUUAAUCCAGGUGCACAAUGUAAACAUUUUUCAAUCCUUUACGAUUGUUGCUUGCCAGACUGCAUGAUUUUAUCCCAGUGAGAUCUUUGGUAAAAGCCAUGGCACAUUGUGCUGCAUUCUGCCAGACUCUACUAUACAGAAUAUCUUAACCUUUGUAAAUGACCAUCAUAAUAAGACUUUGGUCCCAUCAUCCCGAUUAACUGGGUGUUUUAUCUCAUCUGGCCGAUGGAGCAGUCACACUUCACGACUGUGACGCAAAAUUUCUGACACUGCCAGAACUUUGUCGGAGGAUAUGUUUCAUUGCAUUAGCCGUCGGUGAACAUGUCACACUAAGCAAUCAAAGACUAACAAUUUUGCACUAUUAGAAUAUAAAUAUUUUACUAUCCCCCAAAAUUUGUCUCAGACAGCAAAAUCUUGGCCAAAUUCAUACAGUGUAAUCCCGGCUUUAUAUAAGCGUAGAUGGGUGGUUUAUGUGAAAUUCUUUGAAUACAAAUUUCUUUGUGUGUGUUAAAGGUGUCAAACAUGAAAUCAGUGGUAAAUUGGUGUGUACAGGAAUUUCAUUUUUUUCUCACAAAGGAGGAACACAACGAUUCAAAUUAUACCAUUCGUUUAUCUUUAACUUUAUACAAUUAUAUAUAUAAUAUAUUUGUACAAUGUGUUCUGUCACAUCUGUCCUAAAAAUACAACAAAAAUAGUCAUAUACUGAGCAUUCUUAUUAUUAUUAAACCUGUUUUAAUCCGGUUUGUUUUAAUAUUGUAUAAGAGUGUUGUAAUGAAGAGUUUUCCAUCUCUAUAUCUUUUCUCAAUACAGAACAGAGUUUCAAUUGUUUCGCUUAUUUGUAUAUUGAAGUAUGGAGACUGUGAUGUUGUACAUUUUUACUUGAAAUCAUGGAUCUUCAAUA